CAGAGGGCAGUAGCGGCUAUCUUCGUUGUAACGAACAGGGAAAAACACGAAUAAGAAUUUUGAUAGCACUGAAUGGUACUGGUACUGACCGUACUGACGCACAAUUCAAGUACUUACUUCAUUAAUAAUUUAUUGAUGGUAUGAUAGUUCUUAAUGAUAAGCAUAGCUUUCAAAUUUGCGAUUAUAAAAAUCAUUUUUACAUGAGUUAAGCACCAUAAUAUUUAAAACGUGAUACAAUUAAACUAUCAACAAUUAUAAAGAUGUAUAGAUGUAGAAAGCAAAACAUAAAGUAAAAGUGAAACAAAUAAAAAAAAUAAUGGAAUCAUUGGGGGAUGAUUCUACAUCCACAGAAGAAAUUAGUCCUUCUUUUAAUCCUAAUGCCACAAAUUUAUAUAAAACAGGAUUAAGAGGGAACAAUAACACAAUUAAUGAAUCUGAAUCGUCCAAUAAAGAUUCAGCUAAAAAAUUACAGAGAAAGCUUACUUCGUCUUCAGACACCGAUGAUUACAGUGGAAAUGAUAAAGAUAAAGAAAUAUCAAAAUCUGGCAAACAGGAAAGCGGUAUAAAAAAUAAGAAAGCUUACUGUAAUAGUACAAGAAAGAAAGCUCAUAAAAGUAGAGAAUUAAAAUGUAGCGAUUCAGGAGAUAAGAAACAUUCUGAAAGAAGGCAUUCGAUAUUACAAUUGAAUAAAGAAGAAGCAGAUUCUAGUUCUGGAAAAGAAUUCCAAAAAUCAAAAUUUUCUCGUAGUACCAAUCUCGUAAAGAAAUUAUGCGAAAUUAAAAAAGGUGGAAAUUCAGGUUCAUUGGGUACAAAACAUUCAAGAAAAAAAACUUUGCUCAGCAAAAAACAAAGUUUACGUUUCAAAUCGUACGUUAUUAAAAUUUUAAAUAAAUUUAAAAUUUUGUGUUCCGAAUACGAAUUAAUGACGGAACAUGUAAAGUGGGAGAAUUUUAAUGAAGAAUUACUAUAUCAAGAGUCUGCGCAUUAUAUUGUAAAGAAAGUAAGAAAGUUGAUCAACGACCUUAAAAUGGAAAUUGAUGCACAGAAUAAGAAACUAGUAAAUUUUUACGAAAAGUGGAGUAAAAAUUGUAGUAUAGAAAAUACGGAUCAUGAAGACAGUUCUUCAAGCGGAAACGAAGAAGUAUUGCCAAGUAAAAGUCUGGAAGAAAUAACAAAUAAAUCAAAGACUAAUUCAAAGGAAGGAAGUGUAGUUUCAGAAUGUGAUAACAAGGAAAUAUUUUCUGAUAGCGAUACAACUACCAAAAUAAUUGAAAAAACGAGUGAAGAUAGUAGUGGAAACUCUUCAAGGGUUACAUCACCUAUCCUCGGUAGUAAGAUGAUGGAAAAAAUACAUAAUAAAGUAAAUGUAAGAGAUAAUUCAAAACCUGUUGAUUCAAAUGAGAAAGUUUUGAAAGUGUCCCAUGUUAACGAAAAUAAAAAAAACAUUAACGAAUCUGUAGAUGAUGUGUUUGAAGAAAGUAUGACGAAAAAUGUAUCUGCUUCAAACAUUUCGAAAUCAAACGAGAAUGAAAUUGUUACUUCGAAUGAUCUUCAAUCAGAGAAGAAUAGUUCAGAAUCUAAGGAAGUGAGCAAUGAAACUGCAGCUACAGAAAAUGACAAUCUAGAAAUUGAGAGUGAAAAGUCAUUGGAUGAUGAAGUAAAAACUACAACUGUUGCAUCAGUUGAUUCCAAAGGAACAUCAGAAUCAAUUGAAAAUGACAAAAAUAAAGAGAGUGAAGAAAAUAAAAAGAAUGAAGAAAAUAAAAAGAAUGAAGAAUAUAAUUCUCUUAAUGGACUUGAUAAAGAGCAAGCCAAUAUGGAGCUGUUAGACUCAAAUCAAGAAACAGUUAUAAACAAAGGAUCACCUAUCGAAAAGUCAAUUGAAGAAUCUCAAAAUUGUAGUCCAAACGAAAAAGGCAAAUCAAAAUGUAAAGAAAUAACACCUGAUAGUAGCAAGGAACAAAAUAAUGAAAAAGCAAGGAAUUACAGUAGCAACGAUACUUUGUUAGUUGAAACAAUUGAAGAUUGUGCUAAACGUACACAUCUGGAUUCAAAUUCGGAUGAUUCUAUUAAUGAAGUAUUUGAUAAGAAAAUGUCUGAUGAAAAUCAAGACGAAUCUGAUGAUAAUAGUGACGAAGCACGUGCAAAAGCAAAGUUACUAAUUUCUUCAAACGCGGAAAGCUUGGAUUCAAGUUUUUCAAGCGAUAUAGAUAGUGAUAUAGAAAGUACAAUAUUAAAUACAUCUUCGAAAAAAUCUAACGACACCGAAAAUUUCGAUUCAAGUCUAGGUGAAAGGAUAAUAAAACGGCAAUUGUGUUUGUCUAAAGCAAAUAGUUCUGAAUCUGAUGAAAAACUAAAACAACUUUGUCAGGUUGUUGUUGAAAGAUUACCAAAAAGUGUUCUAGUAAAACAUGCGAACGCGUUGGAAAAAUCGCGGGAGUAUUUGGAAAGCAAACGGAUUAAAAGUCUCAUUCAUAUAGAUAAACUACAGAAGAAUCAAGAAAAAAACACUCUAACGCGAAAGAAUUCGCAUAGAAAAAAAUUAGCAGUAAAAGAAACUGAAGAUUCUCUUUUAGAUCACCUAGAGAAAGUAAAAAAUGGAGAUAUCGUUGAGGAUACAGAAAAGGGUACAAACUCAGAAAGUAGUAGCACUAUUCUACAAGCACAAACUACCUUUCAGUCCAAGGAAGAUUUGAUGUUAGAAGCAGACAUAGUUGUAAAGAAUAUGCUUUUAAAUUCUUCUGAUUCAGACACUGAGGAACAAAAAGGUGUCUUAGAAAAUGGUGAUAGCGAGAAAGAGAAGGACAACACUAUGUCACAGGAUCAGUCAAAAAAGAGCAGCGAUAAGAAGAAUGAAGAUAAACUGGAAAAGAAUAGUUGGAGAACAAACAAGGUAUUGACGAUGAAAUUUUCUUCGAGUUCCGAUUCUGAUGCUAAAAGGAAAAAGUGGAGUAUAAAUCGAGAAAAACUACGAGAAAGUAGGGAAGAAAAUCAAAAUGAAGAUUCAGAGAUCGAGGCUACCAAAGUAAGUUGUAAAAGGAAGAACCGUAGAAAAAUUACAGAUUCUGAUUCAGACACGCUAUUAGUGAAUUCUGAUUCUUCUUUUGCAUUGAAAGAUACCUUGACUUUGAGCAGUGAUUCUUCAUCAAAGAAACACAAACCACGUAAACGUAGAACGCGUAAAUCUUCAGAUACCGAUACCUCGUUUUCAGAAAAAAGAGUUAAGCCAAAAAGGAGACGCAUUAAAAAUGCAAGCACUGACAGUGAUGAUAUCGAUAAUGAUGCAGUUAAAAGUUCAGAAGGAAAGGAGAGUCGAAAAAAUAUUCGAAAAGUAAUGAAAGACAAACAAGUUGCAGAUGAUACAAAACAAGCUGCCAAAGAAGAGGAAGAAAGGCUUAAACGUAUUGCUGAGCGCCAAAAAUUGUAUAAUCAAAUGUAUGAAACAAGAUUGGCUAACGAAGAAAAGGUAGACGAGCUGGUAUUAGAUUUUGAUACUGAAACAAAAGAAAAACUUCUAAGCGUUGACAAGGAUUUGGUGAAACGUUUGAAACCGCAUCAAGCUAAGGGGGUAAAAUUCAUGUGGGACGCGUGUUUUGAAUCAAUCGAAAGAAUGAAGACUUCGCCUGGAUCUGGAUGUAUAAUUGCACACUGCAUGGGACUUGGCAAAACUCUUCAAGUAAUUGCAUUAGCCCAUACGCUUUUAAUGCAUGAAAACGUCAAUGUGAAGACAAUUAUGGUUGUUUGUCCUUUAAGUACGGUACUUAAUUGGCGAAAUGAAUUUGAUUUGUGGUUGGAUAAUAUAGAACAUGAUAUUGAAAUUUAUGAACUGACCAGAUUAAAGCAAAACACAGAACGAAGAUACAUGCUAGAAAGUUGGCAGAGAACUGGUGGUAUACUUAUCAUUGGCUAUGAAAUGUUUAGAAAUUUAAGUGGCACUAAUAACAGAAUGCCAAAAUAUGCCAAAAAAUCAGUCCUACAGUGCUUGAUAGAUCCUGGUCCAGACAUAAUAGUCUGUGAUGAGGGUCAUUUAUUAAAAAAUGAAGACACUGCUCUAAGCAAAUGCAUAAAUCGUAUAAAAACAUUAAGGAGAAUUGUACUAACUGGAACACCGCUACAAAACAAUUUAAUAGAAUAUCAUUGCAUGGUACAGUUUAUAAAACCAAAUCUUUUAGGAACCAAGAAAGAAUUUGUGAAUAGGUUUGCAAAUCCGAUAACUAACGGCCAGUUCGACGAUUCUACUGAAUACGAUGUUAAAUUAAUGAAAAAACGUGCUUAUGUUUUGCACAAAAUGUUAAAAGGUUGUGUUCAGAGGCUCGAUUACUCGGUACUAAUGCCUUUCUUACCGCCAAAACAGGAGUACGUAAUUUUUGUAAGAUUAACGGAAGUACAAAUAAAUUUGUAUCGAUAUUAUCUGGAAAACUUUGCACGACAAAAACGCUCUGGAGGUGGAGGUGGAUUUCUGUUUGCUGAUUUUCAAUCGUUACAAAGGAUAUGGACGCAUCCUAUAGUUUUACAAUUAAACGCAGAAAAAAUAGACAAGAUGAAUGAAAAAAAGUUGUCUAGUGAUUCUGAAGGUUCUUUAAAAAACUUUAUCGAUGACGAUAGCAGCGAAACCACUUCAACUGAGUCUUCUGAUGACGACGACGACGUCGUAGCUAUUAGUUCGGAUUUCUCCAAAAAAAAUACAAGACAGAACAAAAUAGAAGAGGAAACAAACGUAAAAAUUGAUGAUCCUGAACCAAAAGAAGAAUUAUGGUGGUUGCAAUUUGUUCAACCUGAACAUUUUGAAGAUAUGAGAGUUUCCUCCAAAUUGCGACUGCUAUUUGGUAUCUUAAAAGAGUGUGAACAAAUUGGGGACAAAUUAUUGAUAUUUUCACAGUCAUUGUAUUCGCUGACAUUAAUUGAGAAAUUCCUUAAAAAGAUCGACGUUGCAACAGAAGGUGGUACAAAUUUGGAAUAUAUUGAUGGGCACACUGGCAGUUGGACAUUAGGUUUAGAUUAUUUUCGACUGGAUGGUCAAACAUCGACCGAGAAUAGAAAUUGUUGGUGUAAAAUCUUUAAUAAACCGUCAAACACGAGAGCAAGAUUAUUCUUGAUAUCGACGCGAGCAGGUGGAUUAGGAAUUAAUUUAACUGCUGCGAAUCGUGUAAUUAUUUUUGACGCGAGUUGGAAUCCGUCUUACGACGUACAAAGUAUAUUUCGUAUAUACAGAUUCGGUCAAAAGAAGCCGUGUUACGUUUAUCGGUUUCUAGCGGCUGGCACAAUGGAAGAGAAGAUCUAUAAUCGACAAGUGACAAAGUUAUCGCUUUCCUGUAGAGUUGUUGAUGUGCAACAAAUAGAACGUCAUUAUACCAACAAUGAUCUAUCUGAGUUGUAUAAAUUCGAACCAAACACAAGUAACGAAGAGAAAACUUUAAAUUUGCCAAAAGAUAGACUACUAAGGGAGAUAUUUUUAAAAUAUAAAAAAUGUGUGGAGAACUAUCACGAACACGAUUCCCUUUUAGAAAAUAAAGCCGAAGAAGAAUUAAACGAGGAAGAGAGGAAGCAAGCUUGGUUAGAAUACGAAGAAGAAAAGACAGGGAAACAGAUACCAGGACUUCCACCAACAACACUUUUCCCAAAUAACUUAUUAUUACAACAACAGAAUUUAUCAGGACCAUUCAACUUUGCUACAGAUUACGAACAACUUCAAGAAUUUAUUCGAAAAGAUUAUCCAAAUGCAACGGCAGAGUUUCAACAAAUGUUAACUGCUCGUGCCUUAACAGAUAUGUAUAAUUACUGGGAGCAACAGACUUUUAAUUCUAACAGAAUAAUUAAUCAGAAUUUAGGUACGAAUGCAUCACUCAUGAGAACACAACAAAUGCUAAAUGUACCUCAAACGUCCUAUGCACUGCUAAACACCAAUGCAAAGUCUGCAAGUACUGAUAAUGAUGUUAUAGAGAUUCUUCCGAAUACAACAAGUAAUACAAGCAAAAGCAAAGAAGAAUGAACAAAAGAUAAGAAAAGUAAACACUAUAUAAAAAAUUAAGAAAUUACGAUAUAAGUUUUAUAUUGUUCUGCAUAAUAUAAAAAACUGUUUGAUAUUUUGUUAUGCCGAUCGCGCAUAUUUUACUUUUAAAGAACUAUGUAUUUUUCAUUUAUACGACUUAUAUGGUAAAUUUUUUUCGUUAUUAUCAGUAUUGAUGUAAUACAAUAUCAUUGUAAGUACUACUAGUAUAAUACUAUUAAUUAGAUAGUAAUGUAAUCUUUAAUAAAUUUGUACUCAUAGUAUGAGUAUGCAUGCUAGUA